UCAUUAGAAAACAGCUAUGAAGCGAUAUCAGAUAUGUUGUAUUGGAGCAGGUUAUGUGGGAGGUCCUACAAUGUCUAUGAUAGCUUACCAAUGUCCUCAUAUUGAUGUUACGGUUGUCGAUAUUUCUCAAGCAAGAAUCGACUCCUGGAACUCACCUUCAGGGGACUUGCCGAUUUAUGAACCAGGGUUGCGUGAACUUGUUUUGAGUGUUCGUGAUAGAAACCUCUUCUUUUCGAUGGAACUGGACGAAGCCAUUGAAAACGCAGAUAUGAUAUUUGUAGCCGUCAACACACCCACCAAAAUGAGCGGAUUGGGAGCAGGUCGUGCAGCCGAUUUGACUCGUUGGGAAUUAUCUGCAAGAAGAAUAGCUGCGGUAGCAACGACUCCUAAAAUAGUGGUGGAGAAAAGUACCGUUCCUAUUCGCACUGCGGAAGCAAUCGCUAGUGUUUUGACCGCUUCGGGAAGGACUCAUUUCUCAAUUUUGAGCAAUCCAGAGUUCUUGGCUGAAGGUUUGGAACAAGCUUUGAAGUACCUUCUUUGCGUUCAUUUUUGUAAAGGAACGGCGAUACAAGACUUGCAGAAUCCUGAUCGAGUUUUGAUUGGUACCAAUACAGAGGACCCUUGUAGUGUGGAAGCUAUGAAUGUACUGGUGGAUAUUUAUAGUCACUGGGUCCCUCGUAACCGAAUUCUUACCACCAAUGUGUGGAGUUCUGAACUGAGCAAGUUGGUAGCUAAUUCUUGUUUAGCCCAACGUGUGUCAACUAUCAAUGCAGUGAGUGAAAUUUGUGAAGCUACUGGAGCAGACAUUGAUGAGGUUGCGAAUGCUGUGGGUUUGGACAAGAGAAUCGGUGUAAAGUUUCUCAAAGCUUCCAUUGGAUUUGGUGGCAGUUGUUUUCAAAAAGAUAUUCUUAGCCUUGUCUAUUUAUGUGAGAGUUUGGGUUUAGAUGAGGUUGCCGAAUAUUUUUAUUGGAUAGUGAAGUUGAAUGAUCAUCAAAAGGAACGUUUUGUUUUUCGUAUUAUUCAUGGCUUGUUUAAUACAGUUACUGGAAAACGUAUCACGAUAUUGGGGUUUGCAUUUAAAAAAGACACUGGAGAUACUAGAGAGUCAUCAGCUAUCGAAGUUUGCCGUCGUUUAUUGCAUGAAAACGCAAUCUUAUCCAUUUAUGAUCCAAAAGUACAGUCAUCGCAGAUCCUAUCGGACCUUGGCCAUUGUACUCGAUUGGAUCCUUUGGAAUUGAACCAGCAUGUAAGUAUUUAUGCUGAUCCAUAUGAAGCUUGUAACCAAAGUCAUGCUUUGGUGGUUUGUACCGAAUGGGAUCUUUUUAAAGAAUUAGACUUUGAAAGAAUAUAUUGCCAAAUGGAGAAACCGGCGUUUGCUUUUGAUGGUAGAAACAUAUUACCGCAUGAAAGAAUGAAAAGUCUGGGUUUCGUAGUUUAUGGCAUUGGAAAGCCUUUAGAUAAACGACUCAAUUUAGUAUAAGAAUAGAAACAAACAUGAAAGGCUACAUUUUCAAAGUUUC